AUGGACAACUCACACCCUCGGAAUCGACGACUCGUAACCUAUGGCUCUGCUGCCAAAAGUCAACCUCCGUUGAAUACAGAGAAGCCUGUGCGCUCAUCUGCCACUAGAACAACUCCUAAAGAGAUGCCUUUGCCAAGCUCGUCACGUCCCUCACGACCAGUCUACACCAGGCUACAGCGCGACAAGAAUGGAGAUAAACAACUAUCUGGACCUGCGGAAACAACUACAGCUCGAGGAGUUACACAACAAAAACCCAUCACGGAGGCUAAUGUGUAUGACUUUCCCUCUUCAGACGAUGAACAGAUGUCCAUGAUCCAGAGAAAGCGAAGGCGAUUUAGCCCCAAUGGAAAUAAGGCAGUUCCUGCGACUAAGCGAUCAGCAAAGCCAAGCGAGAUAGGGAAUGGAGUCCAUAACGUGUCACCACCGAUGGGGAAGAGGGUUUCCGAUGGCCGGAGACCAUUGGCCAAAAAGCUAGUAGCCGAUCAGCGAACAAGCUCCGUGGCGUCGACAUCAUAUUCAAGCCCUGGGAGGUCUGUGCAGAACCAAACUAAAGUGUCUACUCUCGAGAAUGAAAUGGGGGUUUCAACCGCGGAGAGCCUCGGGGAUGGAGAGUCCAUACGAAACAGCUCGCCGGACAUCAACCAGGGCUAUGCCACGAAAGCGAACGUCACCCCCGGUCGAAGGAGACUGAUUGACUCGCUCGGGAUCACGGAAAGCCCGGUUGAAACAUCUCCAGUGGUUGAAACACCACUAGAGAGUCCCGCUGAUAGCCAGCCACCCCCGGAUCCAACCACUCCUGACCGAGCAUCGCCAAGUCCGGCUGUGAAUGAGUGUCCUGCCGAAAGCCACAUUCAAGGCUCUCCUGCGUCAGUUCCAUCUCAUUUACGGGGUUCCCGUGUCACCUAUGCACGCCAGCGUUCUUUUUUGGAUGACUUGAUCAUGUCAGAGGACCUUUCGACGCACAAUGCUUCCUCGGGCCCGAAACACCGCUCUCAAUCUAUCCAACGUCAGUUGAAUUAUGAGGCUACUUCCAGCGCUCGUUUAAUUGUGCCAAAUGAGGAUACCAACGAGGAUGGCUCUGUCCGAAGUAUUCAUGAACUCAGACAAGCUGGAGGAAACGCUCGUUACCGAGGUGCCGUCGAAGCUAUCUUUGAGGAUAUCGAAGAUCCGCAAAACUCGUUGACGGGUCGAUGCAAUGCCUUCCUCCAGCUGUGUGGCAAGCUUCUGGAUACUGGGCUCAAAAGGCGGUUUGUCGAAUGUAAUUUUGACAAAAGACUUGUGGAUUGUCUGUCUAUGGACCUUCAGGUGGUUCCCACCAUUCUGGCUUUCUGUGCCUACGCACUGGGAUCAUCGGAUGGACAUAUGUCCUAUGUUCUUUGCAACUUCCGCAUGGCCUAA